AUCUUUUAGGACUAACUGAAAGCAGAAAGGAUUUGAACAAGAACGAUGAUGUAUUACUAACUUAUACUACGACAGCAGCAAGAAUAACCUUUGCAAAAUAUUGGAAAUUGCAAGAAAUACUAUCAAAAGAACAAUGGCUAGAAAAAAAUAGAUGAAAUCUAUGAUAUGGACAGAUUGACCUUCCUAUUAAAAGAAAGUAAAGGAAAAAUAUUAAAAACAACAGAUUGGAAGAAAUAUGAAGAAUAUAAGAACAAGCAAAGGCCUUGAAAAUAACUAAGAGUUCCUGCAGACUCAAAUAUGGACGAGUCUAGAAAACCUUGAAAAGAAUAAACUUAAUUGAAUAAUAACGUGAAGAACAAAGAACUGAAGACUAAAAUACAUCCUGAAACCUUUACUCCUUCCACCUUUUUUUCUUUUCUCUUCUUCUUUUUUCUUUCUCUCCUUAUUAUUCAUUUCCUUUUCACAGAUUGUAUCUUUCCCUUUUAUGUAAUGCACUUGAAAAAAUGAAUAAAAAAAUAUUUAAAAAAUUAAGUAAGCUAUCCUAUUAAAACACCCCCUGUAAAAUUCUCCUUCUGUUCUCAAAUAUUCUAGCAUUGAAAACAGUGGGACACUGAAAUUUCUACUCAGAGCGCAUUUAUUUUCCGUCUCCUCCUUCCCUUGGUAAACUUCGCAUAAAAGGUCCAAACACCAAGGGAUGCACUUCUUGCAUUUCAGACACUUUGGAACCGGGAAGCCGGUGAUCCUUGGGAGGGCAGGGAGGAGAUGGGGUCUGCAUCUGGAAGCCUGAUUUGGCACCAGAAGCUUGCUUUUAGUUCCUGUAUACUUUGGACAGAUGGAUCCAAUCUGGGAGCGCUGCAGAGAAGGUGGAGGGGGGUGGCAGCCCUGUUGCUGCACAGCCCGGCUCCUUUCAUGAUCCUCUCUGAUCUUAUGGGGAAGCAAAAGCCUCAGUGCUGGGGGAACCUUAGAGACAUACAGUAGUUGCAGAAGGAGCAGCUGGGACAACGCCUGGUCCCUGGAGAAAGGACUAAUCCAGCACGAGUCAUGAGGUCAGGGCCCUUUCUCUGCUCCAAAAGGUUUAAUGGGAACUGGGGGCCAGUGGUUGGAUGGGUAGCCGUCUUCUUCUUCCUGUCUACAGUUCUCUGGAUUCUGCAAGACACCAACCCAAAGGCAGAAGAACCAGCCCAGUCCUUUGGAGCGCCCUCCGAUGCUUGGCCAUCCAACAAAGGCCUGGCCAGGAGGAGACGCUAUGCCAUCAACCCUCUAGGCUACAAGUGGGACCAUGUGAACCUGACUUACAAGAUUGUGCAGUUUCCCAGCACCCUCAACAAGGGCGACACCGAACGUGCCAUUGCCAGUGCUUUCCGCAUGUGGAGCGAUGUUUCACCGCUCAGUUUCCGGCGCUUGGCACCCACCCAACAGGCAGACAUCACUAUAGGUUUCUACACAUUUAACCACACCGACUGCUGGUUCUCUCCCCUGCACCCUUGCUUUGAUGGGCUCAACGGGGAGCUGGCUCACGCCUUCCUCCCUCCCCGUGGUGAGAUCCACUUCGAUAACCAUGAAUUUUGGAUAUUUGGGCGCUCCCGCUUCAGCUGGAAGCAAGGUGUCUGGCUAAACGACUUGGUCCAGGUAGCAGCUCACGAGAUUGGCCACGCUUUGGGCCUGUGGCACUCCCGGGACGUCCGCGCCCUCAUGCAUCCCAAUGCCACUUAUAGCAGGACAUGGCAGAUUGGCCAGGAUGACAUUUGGGCCAUCCAGCGUCUGUAUGGUUGUGUGGAUGAGAAGAAGCAAUGCCGUCCCUGGGCCCAGCAGGGUUUCUGCACACGCCGGAGGGCCUUCAUGAAGAAGCACUGCCCCAGGAUCUGCAACGCCUGCUUUGAGCUCCCUGCGGCUGCCACGGCCCCUUCUUUGUCUCCACCAGUCCGUCCUUCUCGUGAACACAUCAGAUACAUCUCUAAAGGCAAGGUCAUCACCUUCCGUUGUGGGUUGAACUCUUCCAGACCCCUGGUCAAAGUCAGCUGGUACAAAGACGGGGAGCCGCUCUCCCGCUCCGUCCAAGGCUUUGAGCUGCUUCCCAGCAAGGAUCUCCGUAUCGUUGCCACAGAGUUCAGCGAAGGGCGGUACGCCUGCAUGAUCCGCCGCGGUAGCAGGACUCUUUGGGUUAAUUCAUGGCAGAUAAAGCUCAAGGACUGACGUCUGUUUCAUUUUGUGCUGGGAUCACAAAAAAGGCAUCUCUCUGUGAUGACAAACUGAAGCUGCAUGACAGGACAGGAGUUGUCCUGUUGUGGUGACUUGCAAGGAAAGUGCACAACUUGUUGUUAUAAAAGACGUCCCCUGAGCUUGUAUUGAUCCAGGCUGACUGCCAAGCAUGGACAGAAUGCCCCACAAGUCCCUUAUAUUUGCAGCGGAAGAUCUGGCCUGCCCUAAAGAACCAGAACAUGGCUGUGUUGGCUUAAAAACAGAUGGAAAAUGUGGGAGAAACCACCCGAAGCCCACUUGUAGAAGAGUAUCAGUUUUCACCAUUCUGCAGUUUGGUAUAGUUGCCAAUUAUGAAUAAAUUUGGAGCAACAUAUAAAAGUGUAUGAAAAUAUAUGAGCAAACCAUGUGGACAUAUAGCAGAGUCUCACUUAUCCAAGACUCGCUUAUCCAAGGUUCUGGAUUAUCCAAGGCAUUUUUAUAGUCAAUGUUUUCAAUAUAUCGUGAUAUUUUGGUGCUAAAUUCGUAAAUACAGUAAUUACACCAUAACAUUACUGCGUAUUGAACUACUUUUUCUGUGAAAUUUGUUGUAUAACAUGAUGUUUUGGUGCUUAAUUUGUAAAAUCAUAACUUAAUUUGAUGUUUAAUAGGCUUUUCCUUCAUCCCUUCUGUAGAGAUGUGGGAGGGAGGAAUCUUUUUAAUUAAUUAUAUUAUAUAUUUUACUAUAUCCGCUGUCACCAAUUGUGGAGAAUUCAGGCAGAGGGGAAUUUCUAUUUCUUUAUCUUUCUUAUUUUAUUCUUUUCUUGUUCUUAUUCGCUUUAGAUGGUAGCGUUACUUAGUUUUGAAUAUAGGUGACAGAGACUUGGAUAUUGAAGAACAAAAACUUGGAACCAGUGUCUUCCCUGUGACUAAAAAUCACAGACUGAACUGUUUUUAAAACAUUCCCUCCUUUUCCUUCAAACGGCGGUUGACUCCGCCCUCGUUACUAUGGCAACCUGCCUCAGAAUGCUGAGCUGGUUACCAUCCCCCACGCACUGGUGGCUAAUACUUACCUUUUUAAACAUAGUUAAACCUGACUUUUAAAACGAAAUUAAACAUGACUUCUAUAAAUCAAAAUAAAAACACACUUCUUUACACCUUCUUAUUAUCCAAGAUAUUCGCUUAUCCAAGGUUCUGCCGGCCGGUUUAGCUUGGAUAAGUGAGAGACUAUUGUAUUUCCAUC